GAACAACCAACCCCCAGAGAAUCUUCAAAGGCGAGGGACGGCUCUCUGCACUGAGUGUGGGCAGCUUUGCAGAAGCGAUCAUGGUGAAGAUUGGAGAAUGCACUUGGAAGAGAAACCUUACGAGUGCUCGGAUUGUGGGAAGAGGUUCAGCCGGAAAGCCGACCUUGUCAGUCAUCAGAGAAUACACACGGGGGAGAAACCCUACAAAUGCCCAGACUGCGGGACCAGCUUCAGCGACUGCUCGAGCCUCAGCAGGCACCGCAGGACCCACAGCGACGAGAGGCCCUACAUCUGCUCGGAGUGUGGGAAGAGCUUCGCUCAAAGAGCAAACCUUAUUAAGCAUCACCGGACCCACACAGGGGAGAGGCCUUAUACCUGCUUAGAGUGCGGGAAGAGCUUCAGCCAGCAGUCGAACCUGAUCUUGCACAGGAGAACCCACACGGGGGAGAGGCCCCAUAAGUGCCCCGAGUGCGGGAAAGGCUUCAGCCGGAGGUCGCACCUCCGCGUCCACGAGAGAGCCCACACUGGAGAGAAGCCGUUCCUGUGCUCGGUUUGCGGGAAAGGCUUCAGCCGGAGGCCUAAGCUGGUGACACACCAGAGAAUCCACACGGGAGAGAAACCGUACGAAUGCUCUGACUGUGGCAAAGGUUUCACGGGAGCCUCUAGUCUGAACAGGCAUAAGCGGAUUCAUUCCGGGCAGAAGCCAUGUUUUGAACUGAGCAGCUGUUUUGAGGGAGGGCAGCACAGUGUUCAGUAGGCCCCAAAGACCUACAGGCACCAAUGACUCACUUCUAUGCACAGUGGACUCUGGUGUCGUGGUUUGAGCGUCCGGCUAAGACUGUGAAUAUCCGAGGUUGUAGUCAAUUCACUCCCAGCCUGAGCGGACCCAUUGAAACGAAAGAACCUACAUUAGUCAUGUCCGUUAACGUCAGUGUGUCUACUCUGAGUAGGACUAGCACUGAAUAUGACCGCCGGGAUCAAAUCCCCACUCAGCCAUAAGGCUUCCUUAGGGGACCUUGGGCUCGUGCAGUGGUUCCCAAACUUUUUCGGGUCGCUGCCCUCUUGGUUCCAUAAGUUCGCCCCCUACCCUAUGAAAAGCAUUAUUCAGAAUAGCGGUUUCCACAACCCACUAAGGAAGAUAACACAAUCAAAUUCAAAACAGGAACAAUUAAUUGCACAUAUAUUCUAAAUCCAGUUAGAACUAUUUCGUAGCAUUGGAAGGGACCCUGAGGGUCAUCCAGUCCAACCCCGUGCAAUAAUUUAGUUUAAUUCAACAAAAUUGAUUAACUUGAUCCCCUGAUGCCAGCUUUUCAAAGUCUGCUGGUCAUUUACACUUCCUGUGUGUAUUGUUGUUCUUUACAUUUUAAGCAAUGUGUUCCUUGUAUUCUCUCUCCCCCCACCCAACAGCAUCCCAUAGAGUCUGCUUGAAUUUAUUUUGCCACAAGUUUGUGUUCCAUUUUGUUUCCUACAUUUGGACAAGACUUACGUUUUCUGAAAGAUGCCUCCUUGCCUC